CGCUGCCCGGGGGCAGGCCGGGGUGCAGGCGCGCAGGGACCGGCAGACAUGCCGCGGACACUGAGCGCCUCCGACAUGGUCACCCGCAGCAGCCUCAGCCCCCCGCCCACUGAGCCCACAGACGGUGAGCAGGCUGGGCAGCCUCUCCUGGAUGGAGCUCCAUCCUCAGCCUCCCUGGACACCCUGAUCCAGUACCUGGUGCCCACAGCCGAUUACUACCCUGAGAAAGCCUACAUCUUCACCUUCCUGCUGAGCUCCCGCCUCUUCAUCGAGCCGCAGGAGCUCCUGGCCCGGGUCUGCCACCUGUGCAUUGAGCAGCAGCAGCUGGACAAGCCGGUGCUGGACAAGGCUCAGGUCCGGAGGUUUGGCCCCAAACUGCUCCAAUUGUUGACCGAGUGGAUGGAGACCUUCCCACGGGACUUCCAGGAGGAGUCGACCAUCAGGCACCUGAAGGACGUGGUGGGCCGCAUUGCCCCCUGUGAUGAGGCAUACAGAAAGAGGAUGCAGCAGCUCCUGCAGGCUUUGCACCAGAAGCUGGUGGCCCUGGGCCAGGGGCCGGAAGGAGUGCUGGGUGCCGACAAGCCCAUCUCCCACAGGACCAAGCCGCCGGCCUCCAUCCAUAGGGAGCUCCUCAGCGUCUGCAGUGACCCCUACAUGCUGGCCCAGCAGCUGACCCACGUGGAGCUGGAACGGCUGCGACACAUCGGGCCUGAGGAGUUUGUCCAGCCUUUUGUGAACAAAGACCCUUUGGCCGGCACAAAGCCUUGUUUCAGUGACAAGACUAACAACCUAGAGGCUUAUGUGAAGUGGUUCAACAGACUCUGCUACCUCGUGGCAACUGAGAUCUGCAUGCCAGCCAAGAAGAAGCAGAGGGCGCAGGUGAUCGAGUUCUUCAUUGACGUGGCCCGCGAAUGCUUCAACAUUGGCAACUUCAACUCCCUGAUGGCCAUUAUCUCCGGCAUGAACAUGAGCCCUGUCUCCCGGCUGAAGAAAACCUGGGCCAAGGUGAAGACAGCCAAGUUUUUCGUCCUCGAGCACCAGAUGGACCCAACAGGGAAUUUCUACAACUACAGGACAGCCCUGCGCGGAGCAGCCCACCGCUCGCUGACCGCCCACAGCAGCCGGGAGAAGAUCGUCAUUCCCUUCUUCAGCCUGUUCAUCAAAGACAUCUACUUCCUGAACGAGGGCUGUGCCAACCGCCUCCCCAGUGGGCAUGUCAACUUUGAGAAAUUUCUGGAGCUGGCCAAGCAGGUUGGAGAGUUCAUCACAUGGAAACAAGUAGAGUGUCCCUUCGAACAAGACCGCAGCAUCAUCCACUACCUGCACAGCGCCCCCAUCUUCAGCGAGGAUGGUCUUUAUCUGGCUUCUUAUGAAAGCGAGAGCCCAGAGAACCAAACAGAAAGAGAGAGGUGGAAGUCUCUAAGGUCUUCUAUUUUGGGGAAGACGUGAGAAGCGCUGAGCUGCAGGAGGAGGAGCGGAGGAAGUCAGCAGCAGGCUUCUGCAGCCCUGCCUCAGCCGCCCCAGCGCAAGGCAAGGGUGUUGGUGCCUCACUGCUUUGCAAACCGUGAACCUGUGGUCUGGCGCCACCACAGCGACCACGUGGCACAGGAGACCUUUUUCCUUUUGUGGAACCUCAGCCCUGGCAGGGCCUGGGCCUCCAGACGCGUGGAUGGCACCUGCCAUGGGGGCCCUGCCUUCAGGACAAUGUGACAGCAGGUCACAUUGCUGGUCAGUUUGUCCAUCCUUGGCAAGGACACAGCACGGCCCCAAAGUGUUGGACGACGGCAGUCUUGAUGUCACUGGGUGACAUGUGCCGCAGAGGCCGACACCCAGUCUGUUUCCAGGUGGCCUGGGAGCCCCCACCUCUCCAGCAGGCAUCACAGUGAUGUGAAAGGGACCAGAGCCCCCAGGGCCCCUGCCAUUCUAGGAUGGACCCUACCCUGCCCCUCGCCAUGGCUGUUUUCUGAAGCCAUGUGCACCCCCUUUCUGGAUCCUGCUCGUAUCAGGGGAUGGCUUUUUGGUGACAGCUAUGAUGCAGGUCACAGGACAAA